AUGUCUGACGGAGAAAAGCAAAGAAACAAUGUGGAGGAGGAGGAAGAAUACGAGUACGCCUCCGAGUCAGAACAAGAACAACCCGAAAAGCAACCACAACAACAAGGCCAACGCACGAUGCAACGCGCGCGCCAACAACCACAACAACAGAACUUCAAUCCGGCCCAGCAGCAAAACCAACAAAUGGUACAGCAGCAGCAACAGCAGCUGCAGCAACAACCGCAGCAAGACGAGCGAGUCACAGGCAACAUGGGCGGGCGCACCGGCGCCAUCAGAGAAUCGCGUAUCAAGGACCGGCCACAGCCCAAGGAGCAGCGGGAAAGCAGUCUGAAGAUCAAGAUCGAGCUGGAUCUUGAAGUCGAGGUAGAUCUCUAUGCCAGAGUGAAGGGAGAUGUUACCAUUGGGCUCAUGUAA